AUGUCUACAGCAUUUCAAAAUUUGGCACCACCGUUGCAAGACCUCCAACAGCACCAACAUAACCAAAUGCAACAACAACAACAACAACAACAGCAACAAUAUACAGGAUCUCAAGAAGACCUUUCUUCACCAGACUUGAUAUAUCUCAUUGUCUUACAUGACUUUGAAAGCAGGAGUGAUGAUGAACUCACUAUGCGCAAAGGUGAUCAUAUUCUCGUCUUAGAAACUGACCAAGCUUUUAAUGAUGGCUGGUAUAUUGGACGAAACCUCAGUACAAAACAAGCGGGUAUGUUCCCAUAUUCCUUUACAACCCGUCUUGUUCUUCCAACUCCUGCCCCCCUAAAUUCUCCAACAAAUAUCCUCACAGUAUCCCCAUUAGAUUCAGCAGGCUCAUCUUCUUCACUUCCUCUGGAUAAUAAUAAUAAUAAUAAUAAGUCACGCAUAAACCAUCUUAAAACUAAUAAUAAUACUAUUACAAAUAACUCAAUUAACCAACAACCUUCUCCAUCAUCAUCCUCAAAUUCACUUCCUUAUGCCUCAAUACAACACCCCUCAGAUUCUGUCCACGAUACCUUAACAGAUAUUGAUGAAGCCAUUUCGGAAUUUGCAAGUGCAAACGCCUCUUAUGAUAAUGUCUUAUCACAUCAACAACUACCUCGCUCAAAUACUCCCCAGCAACAACGCCACCAUUAUUCUCAACUGGGCACUACCAACUCACCCGUGGCCUAUCUUCCAACUACAGCUGCUCCUUUCCCAUCUUCCUAUGAUUCAAAUACUUCGCGUUCUUCCAGCAUAUCAGUCCCCACUGUGGCCACACCGCCACCCCCAAACCUGCCGCAAAACAUGUCUGACAUUUUAUCAUGGACCCCUCUCCAAGUUAAAACCUACUUUUUGUCGCAGGGCUAUGAGCCUGCAGUUUGCGAAUGCUUUCUCCGCCACCAAAUCACAGGCCCCAUUCUUCUUGAACUCGAUUUAGCUUAUCUAAAAGAAAUCGAUAUUCCUUCUUUUGGCACCCGCUUUCAAAUAUCAAAAGUUAUCAAGAGCUUAAAUGCUAUGCUGAAGCAAGAUACCUCGGAUUCAAAAAGAGAAAAUUCUUACAACCAAGCAAUCGCUACAACAACAACAAGCCCAACAGCUGCUUCUUCGUCAGGAAACCAUAAUGGAAGCAAUAACAGUAAUGGUGGUGAAAAUGGCGGCCUUAUGGCUCCUCCUGUGUUUAAACGACAAUCCGUUCUUCGCACAGCUAAAGACAAUGCGUAUCUCAAUGAUUAUCUUUCAAAACAAGGUCUUUCUUAUCCUCAAGAUUCUUCUGAUUUUGAUUUCCCAUUAAAAGGUGAUGACUCAAUUUACAAGCCUUCUCCUCAGUCUUCUUCCCAGCAAAUGCACCAGUACCACAAAAAGGACGCCUCUUUUGAUCGCAACUGGAAAGUCCCCCAAAUGUCUGAAAAAUCCAACUCAGACCUUGGAUCAUCAUCGUCAUAUGUUGAAGAAUCACGUAUUCGCCACGGAAGUAAUUCACACGUGCGCCAAAUGAGUAAUGAUACUAUUCGUGGUGGUGGCGGUGGUAGUGGUGGAGGUAGUGGAGAUGGUGGAUCCACUCUUUAUUCCCACAAACAUUCCCACUCUAGCAGCUCUAGUGCAGGAUUAUCUGACUUUAAAUAUCUUAAUAAGUUUUCGACAGAUGAUCAUAAUAGUCCAAUCCUACGUGCUAAUUCAGUCCCUGAAGUGGUCACCGCGAAUGAUGACGAGCCUGUUGAUCAGGCUGUUGCUGCUGCUGCUGCUGCUGCUGCUGCUACUACUACUACUACUGAUAUCGAAGACACAUCAAAGACAGAUGAAGCCACACCACCAUCUGAAGAAGAAGACAAGCGCAUGAUGACAACAGAUCCCACUCUUUCCAAUACAUCUUUUGGAUCAAGCGAUUCAAACCCUCAGCGUACAUCCACUGGUGGAUUUUUAAAGAAAAAAUCAAUGCGAAGCUCGUCUUCUCAAUCAAACCUUCGCAAAAGCAGUAGCAAGAAGCAAGCCACUUCUGCAUUUUUAGAAGGUAUAAAACGCAUUACUCCUGAAGAGGCCAAAAAGACGGCUGACUUUAGCGGUUGGAUGAGCAAGCGCGGCUCAGCAACUGUGGGGACCUGGAAGGCGCGCUACUUUACCUUGCAUGGCACAAGACUAUCAUACUUUACGUCGCUGAAUGAUACGCGCGAAAAGGGUCUUAUUGACAUUACUUCGCACCGGGUAGUGGCUGUAGGCGAUGACGACAAGCUUGUGGCCAUUUACGCGGCGUCAGUAGGCGCUGGCCGCCACUGCUUCAAGGUUGUUCCGCCUUCGCCUGGAUCCCGCAAGGGCGUGACAUUUACUGUUCCCAAGGUGCAUUAUUUUGCUGUCGAGACGGCUGAUGAGAUGCGCGAAUGGAUGAAUGCCUUGAUGAAGGCUACCAUUGAUCGCGACGACUCUAAGCCCGUUGUUUCGUCGUGCGCAACGCCCACUGUAUCGUUGGCGCGCGCGCGCGAAAUGUUUGCCGAGGCCCGGGUACGUGAGGAAGAAUUGCGAGCCAAAGCUAUUGCCGAGGGCGGUAAUGGUGCCAAUAAUUGGUUCCCUGGGAUUAGUGGAGUGAACCAUCACACCCCGUUGUCAUCUUCCCCAGAUAUAUUGGGAACGCCUUCUACUCCAGACUCACCGUCACGAUCGUUAUCGUUGCGGUCGGAUACUGGUUCUAGCAUUACAGGUUCUGUGCUGCGACAUCAUGUUCCCGGAACAGGGUCACCAGCGUCUCCAUUUUCUAGUGGACUUCCUGCUGGGGUAACAGCUGCUUUAGCUAACCAUAAUUUUACCGCAGCAUCUUCUUCGACACCAGCAGUUGGUUCUGAGUACUACGGCUCGCCAAAUAGUGGAGCGACUGCUGCGACUACUGGGACUACAGGGACUGCUACCACUGCUGCCACUUCGGCCACAGGACAAUCGUAUGGGACUCUUGCUGAGUCGUCUUCUGAAUCUGGAGAUGAUCUGCGGCAUUUGACUGCAAAGACUGCAGGGCUCCGAAUUGUGACUGAUCUUAGUUGA